AUGCCGGCCCCCCGCGUGUUGUUUGACGAAAUGCCAACCUCAACGCCGACGGUGGACGACCCCUUCUACAACCAGUACAUGGAGGGCGUGAUCUUCCAGGAUGGGCAUGGCCGUGCCUACGACCCCGAUGAGACCCAAAGUCAGGAUGGCCGCGCCCAGUACGUGCCCGAUGAAGAGGCCGACAACCGUGCUGACUACGACCAUGGUGAUUCGUGGCAUGAAGACGAUGACAUCUAUGUCGAAGGUGAAGAUGAAGAUGAAGCCAAUGAUGUUGAUAUUAGUGGCGCUCCAUUGUUCAUAGACGAGCUCACCCAAAAAGCGGAAGCACAAAAGAAGCGGAAGAGCAUUCGUUUGGGAUCGCGCGGUGGAGUUGGGCUGAAGUCUUCAAAGCGGACACACGCAUUGGUGGCGACGCACAAACAAACAGCUCCGUUGGCGUCACUUUAUUUUAAAAUCCGUGGGGCCCACUCCCGCAAGCACGCGAUCAAAUGCACCCGGACCCGGCUGGAUCUGGUGCGCAAGAAGAAGCAGGCCAUGGUCAAGUUCCUGAGGAAAGACGUCGCCGACCUCCUCACCAAUAACCUUGAAUCGCACGCCUUCGGACGGAUGGAAGGGCUGAUUGUGGAGAUGAACCAAGCUUCCUGCUAUGACAUGAUCGAGCAGUAUUGCGACUACAUAGGGAAGCAGCUCAACAACCUGCAGAAACAGAGUGAAUGCCCUCAUGAAGCCUUGGGAGCUGUGUCAACUCUGAUUUUCGCUGCUGCUAGAUAUCCUGAUUUACCUGAACUGUGUGAACUCAGACAUGUAUUCACAGAGAAAUAUGGGGCUUCCAUUGAACCUUUUGUUAGCUCUGAGUUUGUUCAGAAGCUUCAGAACAAAUCAUUUACUAAGGAGGAGAAGUUGCAAGUGAUUGAAGAUGUUGCUGAAGAAUUUGCGAUCCCGUUUAAUACCAAGACAUUUGAACGACAGAUAUCUGGUGUGCCUCUAAAUAAAAAGGAACUUCUGAAGAAGGGUUCAUUCAACGGUGUAGAGGUUGAAGCAUCAGGGCGCAAUGGACACAGGGUAGAUAAGCAUGCUGUGCUUGACAGGAAAUCUAAAUCUAUACCUGAUGGCCGUGAAUGGAAGCAAGAAUUUCAGAUAAAACCAAAAGAUAUUCAUGUCGUUCCUGAUUACAUUGGUCAAGUUGGUGAGAACAGCAGAAAGAACUAUUCAGAUAAACCUGUUGAGAAGAAACAUUUGGAUAGUGAUGUGCCUCCUGUGGACAUGAAGCGAAGGAAUGGUCAUCAAAAGGAGGUCAACAAAGACGAGAAAAAGGGCGGUCAGUCUUGGAGGGAACUGAUGAAUGCAGAGGAGCUGGAUCUCAAUGGCUCAAAGAAGCAGGAGGUUGCCGUGGCAAAAUCUGUUCAAAGAGAAAUGAAGAAAAUAGUUCUUCCAUACACAGACCUAAAGGAAACUGAGAAGAAAGACGGCGCCGAAAAGGCUAAUGCCGAAGGCUACCAUCGGACCCACAUGGCUGCUGGCACUGAUCAUAACUGGGGACAUGCUGACUUGGGGCUUAAAACCCUGGGCCUGGAAAAGCAAGAAACUGAAUCAGCUGGCACCUUGAAUGGCAAUGGCAAAGCAGUAAACAAGGUUCCUCCAUAUUCCAAGCCGUACAGAGCGACGAGCGAGAAGUCUGCUGAAGAAGAUAAUAAUGGCUUGUACAAUCGAGCACGGCAUAUGGGAGAGUUUGGACAGCCAGUGCAAGAUAGGCAGCAAAUGCCAGAGAAGCUUGUCAACAUGCGGCCUCCCUAUGUGAAGCCAAACUCUAGCAUGAAGCCCGCGCAUGAAAAUCCAACAGAUCAAGCUGCUCAUGGUUACAAGCUCAACGGCUCGGAAGCAACGGGUCACCGGAGAGACGGUCUGGUCGACGAUGAUGGUGCACCUCCUCGGCCCGUUUCCGUCAGAAGGAAAAGUUCAAGGCCACCAACACACGGUUCUUUGUAUGACGAGGCGGCCAAUGAUGAAAAGACAGAGGAGGAUGAGACUGACACUGCGAUUGAUUUUGGCAAUCUGUUGCCCCGAGCGCCUCGUAAGCACCGGAGCAGGAGUGCUCAUCCCCGUGAAGGAGGGGGGCACGACGACGAGGAGAGGAUGAUGGAUAAGCUUCUGAGGCAUUACAGCAAGAAGGGGAUGGAGAGGGAGGAGGAGCACAAGACGAGGGCCAAGUCCAGGACUCCCCGGCCUCGAGCAGAUCAACCUGCUGAUGGCAACAACAGAGACGGAGCGCCCAGUCAUCCAGAGAGGACAGUGUCUCUGCCUACAGAAUCAGGUUCCCCGGUGGGGAGGACGAAGGCUCCGGCUCCUGCUCGGUCCAUCUCGCUGCAGCAGGACACGUCCAGGGGGAACGUGCACCCGAAGAUGCCGGAUUUCGACGAACUUGCUGCGCGGAUCAGCGCUUUGAAGAGGCCAUGA